UUUUGUGAAUCGACCUGAUGAUUCUAAUGCAUUUGAUGAAUUUGACGAACUUGAUGAAUCUGACGAGCUUGAUAAAUCUAAUGAAAUUGAUGAAUCCGACAAACUUAAUGAGUCUAAUAAGCCGGAUGAAUUUGAUGAGCCUGAUAAAUUUAAUGAAAG